AUGUCAGGAGUUGCCCGGGCGCAACAUGGGCGCGUCGACUAUAAUAAAGUCAUCAAAUACACCCUAGACAAUGGACCGAAACUUGAUGAAAUUAGCCAAUUGCUGAAAAGUUUGUAUCGAAAAGGACGAGAUGAAUAUCGAAUCGGAGUUACCGAUGAAACGAUAAUAAGAGAUAACAAUCUUCAAACAUGGGAGGAACAGACGGCCUCAAUUAUAGAGCGGCCAGGUGGCUAUGAGAGUGUGCUGGAUCCAAACUACAUGCUGAUGGGUCAGCAACUUUCUGGGAUCCUCACUGCCUUGGAAAAAAGGAUACAUGCGAGAGAAUUUGACUGGAGUUCUGAGGAUGAUGAGGAUGAGGAAGAAUUGAAAGCCCGCUACCAACCAGGGGAGCCAUUUAUGCGUGGCCCUGGGCCGCCACAUUUUGAUUUGCUUGGUGGAGCGGAGUAUAAUAUCGCCAAAUUGCCGGAGUUAAACAAACUGAAUCAAGAAAUUUUGACGGCAAAGAUCAGUGCUCCAGCGAACUUUUAUCAGAGAAAUCUUGACGACCGACCUCAAGUCCCUGGAGGUACGCAGGCUGUUUCAAUCUGGGAUAUUUUGAUACUUUUGAUGUGGGACCCGCAAGAUAAAGGCGAAGGAACGGCUUUGGAGCUCACGACAUGGAUAUAUGCUCUUGAAGAAUGGGAGGGUGCGGCUUUCUACGAUGUUGCUGGGAGAUAUAAUCUCUAUCUCACCGUGAAAGAUACCUAUGAGACGUUGAGUAAAAUUUCCUGGAAUCUCAAGAAUAAAUUAAAAAGCUUUUUCUGGAAUGUAUACGAUAAGAAGCAUUACGAGUUUGCGCCGAUAUGGGAUCUCGGUCAACAAAUGCUUAAACUUCUGCAGUUUUAUCGGGAUAGCUCACUGCAGUUGCUUUUGCUUUUGGAGUCUUUGCCUACUUUGAUGCCAGCACCGGUUAGGCUGGAGAUUCAGGGACCGCAAGGUUAUCUCGUUUGA